ACACGGAACAUUUAGUGUGUGACACGCUGUGAACGAACCAUGUGGAGGUCUUAGCGUUUGUGGCGAAGUCGAUAUUUUACUCUUCGGAUGUCCUAAAAUGAGGAAAACUGAUCACAUGGGUUACAUAGAUUUAAUGUAUUUGUCGUUAUUUUGAUUUAUUUUAAAAUUAAAACCGUCAACGGCGACUUGAAUCAUGGGUAAAUCAAAGACUAAGAACCAGAAGAAGGCCCGAGUCGAGGCCGACCAUGUGGCCGAGGAAGCCUACUCCACUGUGCCGCACUCGUUCGUCUUCCACCGGGGUCAGGUGGGGAAGAACGUGGGUCAGCUCAUCCAGGACAUGCGCACUGUGAUGCAGCCUUACACCGCGGAGUCUCUGAGGGUUCGGAAGAAGAAUGUCCUGAAGGACUUUGUGGCGAUGGCGGGCCCUCUGGGAGUAACUCACUUUAUGAUCUUCAGUAAGACUGACAACAGUGUGAACAUGCGACUGGCUCGACUUCCCAAAGGUCCCACGCUGAACUUUCGAGUCCUCAAAUAUUCUCUUAUCAAAGAUGUAGUUUCAUCUCAGAAGAAGCAUCGGAUGCACGAGCAGCAGUUCACACAUCAUCCGCUCAUCAUCCUCAGUAACUUUGGAGUCGACGGAAUGCACAUAAAGCUCAUGUCCACCAUGUUUCAAAACAUGUUCCCCUCCAUAAAUGUCCAAAAGGUGAAUCUCAACAACAUCAAACGCUGUGUGCUUUUUACCUACGACCCGACAUCUCAGGAGAUUCAGUUUCGACAUUACAGCCUGAAGGUGGUUCCUGUGGGAAUGAGCCGCGGGGUGAAGAAACUGAUGCAGGAGAAAUUCCCCAACAUGAGCAAGUUUGAGGACAUCAGUGAGCUGCUGAUCAAGGGAACAAACCUCUCGGAAAGUGAGGCGGAACCAGACGGGGAGGACAACAUAACUGAGCUUCCACAGCUGUAUUCUGGAAGAGGCAACAUCGCGUCCCAAAAGAGCGCGGUCCGCCUGACCGAAAUCGGCCCCCGCAUGACCCUUCAGCUCAUAAAGAUUCAGGAGGGGAUGGGCGACGGGAACGUCCUUUACCAUUCAACCAUCUCCAAAACCGAAGAAGAAAUCCAGGAGAUCCUGGAGAGGAAGGAGGCUCAGCUUAAAGAGAAGGAGGAGCGGCGGAAGCACCAGGAGCAGAAUGUUGCUAAGAAGAAAGAACAACGAGCAGAGCACAAGAAAAAGAGUCUGGAAGGCAUAAAGAAAAAAACAUCUGAAGCUGACGAGGACAGCGAGGUGGAGGAUCCAGGAAUGCAGGACGGUCAGACUGCUGAUGUCCAAUCUGAUGAUGAUGAGGAGUACUACAGACAGGCUGUGGGGCAGGAACCCGAUGAAGAUAUGUUUCCACGGGCCAAGAAAAGGAAGCUGGCUCCUGGGUCAUCCUCUAAAGAGUUCAAAGCCCCUAAAAGGAAACGGCCCACAGGACAGCAUGGAGACAAACCAGGGAAAGAGCCACAAGGAAAAAGAUGGAAGAAGUCCAGAGAGGGAGAAAAGGCAUUUGGACAGAAAAGGAAGCCUGCAGGAAAAGCAUUUGGCUUCAAGAAACAAGGGGACAGGGAAAAUAAAUUUGGUGGAAAAAAGAAGUUUGGUGGGAACAAAAAUAAGGACAAGUCAUUUAAAUCAAAGAAUCCAAAAGGCUCGUCGGGCUUUAAGAAGAAGGCUGGUGAGAGGAAGCAAGGCUUCAAACAGAGGAAGGGGAAAGGUAGAAAGAUGGUGAACUUCUCUGAUUGCGAGAAGUUUCAGAUCGGCGUGCUUCCUGCCAUGUAUGGAGUGGAGUUUAUCGUUGCUCUUGUGGGAAAUGCGUUGGCCUUGUUUCUGCUGCUCACCAAGGAAAGAAAGAACUGGCACCCAGGUGUGGUCCUGUCCUGUAAUCUGGCCAUCAGUGACCUGCUGUAUGUCCUAACUCUGCCUCUCCUGAUCGUUUAUUAUUCACUGGAGAAACGCUGGAUGUUUGGGAAUGCUGUGUGUAAGAUGGAGAGGUUUCUUUUUAUCCUCAACCUAUACGUGAGCGUCUUCUUCAUCAUGGCCAUCAGCGUGAACCGAUGUGUGGCCCUCGUUUGGCCUUUCUUUAACCGUUCCUACGUGGAGCCUUUCCACGCCAAACUCGCCAGCGUCAUCAUAUGGACUAUCGUCGCAGUCGUCUCCCUACCUGUGCUGAAAUUUGCAUCUGUUUGCCAGCAUGAAGACAACAACAACACUCUGUGUGUGUCUUUCUGUGACCACGUUUCUAAUAAUGCAAGCUCUCACUUCAUCUACAAACUAUUCCUGGCCGUGUUUGGCUGCCUUGUGCCCUUUCUGGUGACUUUCACUUCUUACUUUCUGGUGAUUCGUGUAGUGUGGAAAAAUGUCAACAUAACAAAGCAAGAAAAGUACAAGGUUGGCCUGUUAGUUUCAUCGGUGAUCUUUCUUUAUGGCAUCUCCUUUGUACCGUAUCACUUUGCUCAAGUCUAUCAUUUGUACCAAAGGUUACACUUUCCUAACCUGUCUGUUUGUUGGGUCUACAACAUGUACCAGGUGUCUAAGGGACUGGCAACUCUGAACAUGUGCAUCCAUCCCAUCCUCUACAUGGCCGUGUUUGACAGUAUAAGAGUGGCAUGCUGUGGAAAAGAUUCAGACGACAGAAUGCAGGAAUAAGAAGCCCUUUAUGUCUUUACAGCUGAACCCUUCUCUCUCUCUCUGGCUUGCAAUAGCUUAUGAUGCUUUUCUAUUGUUGAAUCUAUGUUUUUAUACAGUUUUGUGUCCAUUGUUUUAAUGUCUCUUGUUCUAUUACACUUUAGUUGGGUUUUUGAUUGACAGGGAAAGUACUGCUUUGGUGGCUUUUGUCAAAAAAAAUACUUUCUAUCUGACUGGAAGAGUAAAUUAUAGGUUUUAUCUGCAAUAACAGUUUAUAUACACUCUUUAAUAUUUUUGCCUUCCAUAUGUUGAACUUUGACACUCACAUGUUAUGCAUCAAAUCGUUUUUCUUUUUCUGUUCAUACCUGUCUAAAAUAAACUGUUUCUGUGUUA